CGGGGUCGCCACGGAAGUGGGACCAAGCAAAUUAUCUCCCUUGAUCGUCGGAGGCAAUAUUUAUAUUAUUCAUCACUCGAGCGUCUGCUGACAAUAUUUUGCUACCGGGAUUCGAUUAUGCCAUCGACUGGGUGUUGUGUUCCGAAAUGUUCGAACAGGGGUGGUCAUAUGUUUCCCAAGAACCAGGUCUUAGCAAGAAAGUGGACUGUCGCUAUUCGAAGAGAUUGUUGGACGCCGUCAAAAUACAGUGUUGUCUGCUCCUCGCAUUUUCGUCCAGAUGAUUAUAUAGCGGAGACUAUGCUCAGUACCAAGCCGUUAGUACAGAGGCUGAAAUCAACCAGUGUUCCUAGUAUCUUUGCUUGGAGUGGAUCUUUCAGCGACAGUGAGGCAGCUCGUCGACAAAGAGAAAGGGCAUUGGAACAAGCUGUAAGAAAAAGUAUCUCAUUAGAUUCACCACUGACCCUAAACAGAGUGAAUGAGUCUGUGCAGCCUGCCGUGACAACCAUUAAUUAUAAGAUGAAAGAGAAGAUUCCUGGUAUUAACAGCUUGUCGCCAUUCCUGGAAGGCUUGAAAUUUUUCAUCAAAACAAAAGCAGAGUAUUCUCGACCUAAAGCAACAUUUUAUGAAAUAACUGUUUCAGCAAAAUUAAAGAUACCAACUACUCUUAAAGCAGAAAUUUUAGCUGGAAGGAAUGAUUGGAUCACAGCCGUAGAAUUCUUAGCAAUCCAAUUUCAAGAGAAUACAGGUACCACCAGUGUUCAGGAAAAAACUGAAGUCCUCAGCAAAAAUGUGACUAAGUAUUCUUCUGCUGAAAGUCUUAACAAGUUUUGCUCAAAGGUCAAUGAAAAUCAUAAUUUUACUCCCUGCAAUCGUGUAACCAAUAGCUUAUCUCCUCCAACACAAAAAUGUAAUCCUUUUCCAAAAAAACAAGUUACCCUAAUUCUCACCAAAUCUAAAUCUACUGGAAUUUAUCAAUCACCUGUGACAACUCCUGUUCCAACUGCUAAAAUCAUUCCAAAACCUGAUAAUUCGGAAAUCUCAAAAACUCGCUUCAUUUCUCAAGCUGUCGAUUCAACUCGGCCGACAGUAGUCUCUCAUCAAUUGACAAGUCAGAAUAAAUCACCUGCCGAGAAAGUUAAAGAUAGAAAGCCUUGUUUAGACAUUAUUUCAAAACACAUUCAAAGUUAUGAUUCUGAAGCAGUAUCUCAAACAGAAAUAGUCAAUUAUCAUCUGGGGAAGAGUCUUUGUGGAUCACCUACUGUAGAAUUCAUAGAUACCAAGUCUUGUCUAGACAUUAUUUCAGAGAGCCGUGUAAAAGAUUCUUCAGAAGGAGAACCAAUUGCUGAUUUGAAGCCAAAGGUUGAGGAUUCUGUGUAUAUAGACAAUGAUGAUGUGUGUAAAUUAGAAUUUUUAGGCAAUUCACUUGUGGGUUAUUAUGGAAAGGAUAAGUGUGAUCAUAAUUUGGAUGCUAAUCUUAAGCCGACAUUCAAAACACAAAAUAUAAAAAAAGAAAUUGAACUUAUCGAAGCAGGAAACACUGUUACUAUAAAUUCUGGUAUUUCAGAAGAUGCCUCAAUCCAUGUUAAACUUGCAGAUACAUCUGUUCAACAGACAACUGAAAGCAUAUGGGAUGAAACCUUCCAUAAAAAGUGUUCAGAGAAUGGGUUCAUAAAAUCAAAAGGGGGGUCGAUAAAAAAAUUGUUAGACGAUGCAUCAAUAUCAAAGUCGUUGGCAGAAAAUACAUUGUCAUCAUCAUCAGCAGAUGCAUCAAUAACAGAGACUUCAACAGAUGUCAAACUUAGUUCCAAAGCAAUUAAGUCAACAAAAUCAAAGCAAACAGGAAAACCAGGAUUGAAAAACCAGUCAAAGAGACAGAAGAGAAAGCUAACAGAUAAUCAGGCCAAUGAAGAGCGUGAAGAUAUAAAAUGUGAUCAAUCAAUUUCAAUAGAUAAAAAGCUUUUGUUGAAAAGAAAGUGCUUAAGAAGUUGCAUAAAAUAAAAGAACCCUUCGUAUAUUGUGAAUGCUGUGGCAAAAUGUUUCCUAAUUAAGGUGUCUUGAAAACCACCUUAAAGUACCUGUAAAAGAACGACUACAUCGAUGUAAAUUAUGUUUGAGAGGUAUAAAACUGAAUCAGGGCUAAAUCACUAUCAUUGACUUCAUUCAUGAGAGGGGCCCUUUGUUUGUGUUAUCUUCAGGGGAAAAUUUUAUAAUAAAAAAUGUGUUAGUUCUUCUUGUUUGAUACAAGUAAACCUGUUAAAUCACAUGUAUAAUAAUUAUAAGUCUUCCAAUAACCUUACAUGUACUACUGUUCAUUUCGAAGUUAGCUACAUGUGAGUACGGUAAUGUCCUAAAAGUUUCAAAAUUAAAAGUCUUAUUCAGGAUUCUAAAAUUCAUAAAAAUUGAAAAAUAUUUACAUGCAAAUUCUGGGAAAACGUUUUAUCUUUUAACAGUAGUCUUCAUUCACAUCUUAAAAGUCACCAUAUUGAAGAACAAGGCAAGGGUAUAUUAUUUUUUUCCUGGCCCAUUUAAUAGUUUUCCCUUUGAGAAUAACCCUGUACCACAAUAUUGAGUAGAUGAUCUGUCAACUUUUAUUGAGAUUGGUGAAAAUGCCACCUGUCCAUGAUGUGUAACAUUCAACCGUCAUGUACAAAUUGGUAAUGUGCAUAACGUCCAGAUUCCCUUGACGUUGGUCAGGCAUAGUCCUCUCCCUUGCAUUACGACUAGUACUGUUUUAGCCGCAAAAUGACAAAGAAUUGAGUUGAUAAACUGUUACGUCUUCUUCAUUGAUCCAUAAAACUUGACAUCAGACAGGACUCAAAGAGUAUCACGUGGCUAAGUUGGUAAGACGCUGGCUCGCUAGCCUGGAGUUCGGGUGUUCGAUCCCUGCAUUGGCCGAGAAAGUUCAUCCAGAUUUUCCGGCACGGUUUCCCCUUGUCAGUGAUGAAGGACGAAGGGCCUGACAAGGACAUCUGUCUAGUCGUUCGAAUGGGACGAAAAACCGAGGUCCUGUGUACAAAUUGGCGUGCACGUAAAAGAUUCCUUGGCAGUUGAAAUUCGAUAUAAGAGUAGGCCGUAUCUUUUUCAGUACAGAGUCCUAUCAGCUGGUAGAAUGUACCUUUAGAUAGAUGCAGUUGUCAUUCUUUAUCAUAUGUACAUAGUUGAAGAGUGUCGUCUUACAAAAGUGUAAUUGAAUUACAUGGUUAACUCUUAGUGAGUAAGGCGCUGGCUCACUAACCAGGACAUCAAGUGUUUGAUCCUGGUGGUAGCAGGAAAGUACCUCAGGGUUUUGCACUCUGGUUUUCCUUUACCGGUGGUGCAGGAUGGUGCUAUAGCAAGGAACAGCGUUUAGUUCAGAUGUUAAUAAAAUAAAAUCCUGUAUCAUUGAUGUGCAUGUAAAAGAAUUCAUGAAAAUUCUGUACUGGGAAUAUGAUUUAGUUACUAUUUACAGUGUUGUUAAUCAAUCUUCUUGUCAAAAGAGAUUUCAAAGAUUCAAAUACCUCCUUUAAUUAUAUCCACAUGUAUUAAAAGUAAACAAAACAUAAGCAAAUUAAUGGCACUUUCCAGAUUGGAGGAGCUAGGUCAAAAAUAAAACAUUUGUACCAAGUAGGCUACUCCGCUCAGCUAAGGAAGUGUGCUCUUUUGUCCGAAAUAUCAGGGAUCUGCACUUGGACAUGCAGGAUGACAAGUAAGAAGGGAGAGGAAGAAAUUUUUAUAAGCCCACGUGUAUAUUGUCGUUGCCCCUGUCCGUCCGUUCGUCCACAAUUGUUUGUGAACAGUCUACAGGUCACAAUUUUUGGUUUAAACUUGAAAUGUAUGCUUAUAACCCAAAGAUCUUGGUUCCUUUCGAUAUUCGCGCAUAUUGGAACGUAACUUCCUGAAUUAUGGCCCCUGAUUGUACGAAAAAUCGCGUUUUUAGCUUGUGGACCCUAUAGAGGUCAUAAUUUUUAUCCGAUUUAAAAAAACGUAUUAUUAUAUCACCAUUAAACCCUAAGGACGGCUGAGUUUGAAUUUCAUGAAAAUCGGCCCAAAACUGACCGACAAAAUGGCCACCAUUCGUUCUCAAAUAGCGUAAAAAUAUGGUAUAUCAAGGUUGUGGACCCUAUAGAGGUCACAAUUUUUAUCCGAUUUUGUUGAAACCUGAAAUGUAAGUUUAUAACCCAAAGAUGGUGGUUUCUUUCGAUAUUCGCACAUAUCGGACCAUAACUUACUGAAUUAUUGCCCCUGAUUGUAUGAAAAAUUGCGUUUUUAGCUUGUGGACCCUAUAGAGGUCAUAAUUUUUAUCCGAUUUAAAAAAACGUAUUAUUAUAUCACCAUUACACCCUCAUUCCUUUCGAUAUUUGCACAUAUCAAAUUGUAAUUUCCUGAAUUAAGGCCCUUGAUUGUAGGAAAAAUCACUUUCUUUUUAGCUUGUUCUCUAUCCAUCUCUCGAAAAUGUGGGCGUAUCCUGCCUGGCGUAUUAUGCCUACACAUUGUAUUCCAGAUUUUAAAACACCAGGAAUAGAAUAUUCACUAGUUUUAUUUAUAUCUGACAAUCGAUCCUUAAGUUUAGAAAUCGAUGGACAAAUGUACUUUGUCAGCUAAUUCAUACACCUUUGCCAUUGACAAUUUUGCUUUAUAUGGACAUUCACGUUCCAAAACCGAUCCGUUAUUAUGUAAACAAAGCUAUGGUGGCCAUAUUUCCUCACCAGCAAAAAGUGUAGAAGCCAUGAAGUUGUUCCAUGAACUCUUAAAAUAUAACAUUUUCAUUCAAGCAUAAUUUAGCUUAGUAAGAACUAAAGACAAAGGUACACUUAAAAGUACAAGUUAAACAUGGAAGAAAUACCACAAAACACAAUAUCUGAAAUGACACAUUUUCUAGAAAGUUUAAAAUAUUUUAUUGAAACAAGAGAAGAUAGAAACCCUACUGAUAGACAACAAACAUUUUAUUUUAUAACUGUUUCAACCAAAUUAAAAAUACCAAUCAAUCUCAAAUCUGAAAUUUUAGCAGGAAGAAAUGAUUGGAUAAAUGCCAUAGAAUUCACAGACACACAAUUUAAAGACAUCAUGGAAAAUAUGGCGCCUAUUGCAAUACCUGAUGCUAUUGUAAAAGCAGAAACCACUGCAGACGAUAAAACUGAUCAAGCAGACAGGAUCCAAGACAGUUCUGAUAAUGAAGAUGGUGAUGUCGAUGUUGAUACUUUAGAAGAACCUGAAAUUGAAUCAUCAGAAAAUACUGAAGUACUUGAACUUCAGUCCAAAACUGAUCAAAAAUCAUUGUCAUCACCGGUUAUCAAAGACUCUAUUUUGAAGAAGAAAAGAAAAAACUACAGAAGUGCUAAUAUCGGUGACAGUUCUGAUGAAAAGUCUAAAAAUAAUUUAAACUCAACAGAGAUAUCAGCAGAUGAAAAGGUUAACACUACCCAAGAAACUCCUGGAACUGGAAGGAAAAAAUUAAGGGAACGAAAAAAUUAUCCAUGUGAACAUUGUGGAAAAUCAUUCCGUAGCGUAACAAAUCUUCAGUAUCACCUUCCCAUUCAUAUGACCGACAGGCCAUUCAAGUGUACUCUUUGUCCGUUGAGUUUUAAAUCAGAACCUGUCUUGAAGCAGCAUCUUUAUUUCCAUUCAGGCGUUCGACCUUUUUCUUGUGAUAUUUGUGGAAAAUCAUUUUCUUUAAAAAAUACUUUAAAAGGUCAUGUAAGAUCUCAUACUGGGGAGAAGCCUUAUAUCUGCCAUAUUUGUGGAGCUUCAUUUAAACGAAGUGUAGACAUGAAGGCUCAUGUACUUAAACACAGUGAUGCCCGACCAUGGGAGUGUGAAUAUUGUCCUAAAACAUUUGUUAGUAAAUCAGAGGUGCGACAACACACACGAAUUCAUACAGAUGCACUUCAAUACCAAUGCGAAGUUUGCGGUAAAAAGUUCCGUUCACAAAGUGCAGUGGCCAAUCAUAUUAUUUUACACUCGGGCGAAAAACCAUUUUUAUGUUCAAUUUGUAAUGUUGGCUUUGCUACAAGUAAUUAUCUUAAAAAACAUGUAAAAACCCAUAAAAAAUCACAGGAUUACAAAUGUGAUGAAUGUGGAAAACUUUUUAAGACUAAAUGCACCCUUAAUAAGCAUCAAGUUACACACAGCGAUGCUCGUCCUUUCAAAUGUGACAUUUGUCAAAAAGAUUUUAAACUUAUGUACGUUCUUCAGCAGCAUGCUAAAAUGCAUCAAGAUGUGAAAGAAUACAAGUGUCAAUAUUGUGCAAAACUUUUUACUUUCAAUAGUAGUCUUCAUUCCCACCUGAAAGUACAUCAUAAAGAUGAACAACAAGUAGUAAAAUCAUUGGUUAACUUGAAAACUGAUCCAGGCAUUGAAGAGAUUGUUAUUCAUGAGCUACAACCAUUGCAGUAAAUUUAUUUAAGUUGUAUAUGAUCAAAUUUAAAUUUAUCUAAUUAUGUAUGAAGCAUGAAAUUUAUUUGUUACUUGGUAUACAUCAUUAAAUAAAAUGAAAAAUGAUACUAGAAACU